CUCCCUAUCCAAUGGAUGUGGGCGUAGUUUCUUGCUCUUGGUUAGGUACGUUAUACAACGUGCCCGGGCCCCAGGACAAAAGACUCAAAGAUGGAUAGGCCAGGAGGCAAGGGGUCUUCUUUGUUCAAGCAAGGCAAAGACUCUGAAGAGGUGUUGGUAGCCAAGGAGAAGCAGAGGCUGGGGCUGCUCAAGAGUCUGUCCAGGAGUAUCAAAGAGGUCCAGUUGAUGUUUGCCAACCAGUCUGCCGAGCACCCUGACCAGGCGUAUAUCAGAGACUGUCGUCCCGCCCACAGACUGUGUGCCCAGUUUGAGGACAUACUCAGACACGGACUCAAGCCGGGAUGGUUUGGAGGGGAGACCACCUUCUGGCCCGUAGUGCUCAAAGUGUCCCGGAAACAAGCAAUACAGUAUAUCAAAGGGCUGCAGUAUGCCCAGACUGACAACGGCCGAUGUAGGGCUUGGAUUCGAUUGGCUGUCAACGAGUGUUCCCUAGAGAGCUACAUCAACGUCAUCUGUCAGGAUUCAAAGCUCCUCUCUUCAUAUUAUGAAACACACUCCUUUGUGAGGAGUCAUGAGAUGGUGUCAGCUCUCACACAGCUGCUCGUGGGACUAACAGAGUUGACUUUUAAACUGACUGUGGACACGGCCAGUCUAGAGUUCGAGGCAGCCCCCGAGGCAGUGAAUAGUGUACCACUCAAACUGAGGCUUGUCGACGAACCAAAGCAACGUAGCAAAGGCAAGAAGAAGAAGGUGUCCACAGAGAGCAAGGAGAAUGGAUCAGUGCCGGAGAACAUCAGUGGAUCUGAUGACUCCUUGGACGUUGAUAAUCAUUCAUUAAUGUGUGUGGACGUGAGUGAGAUACCAGAGCCUAUUACAACCUCUGAAUCACUGGAACCUCAUUCUCAAAUUCCUGAGCCCAGCGACACGUCUCACACUGAUGUUACUGAAGUUAUCCCUGUGUCGUUAGCCAAUGUUGGAUUGAGUGUGGAUGGUGUGACUAGUGGAUCUCCCCCUACACUAUCAACAGAACCAAUAUUCUACGGUCAAACCUCCCACCACCCUGGAGCAGUGUCUCUACAACUUAACGAACAGUCCAACAAGCAGGAAGCCGUGAACACUGCCGCAACUGCAGAUAAAGAUAUUACCACCGAAACUUUGAAACACCUCAGAAUGAGAAGUUGGGGUCUAGAGGACACAUUGCCUGUACCGCUUGUACAUAUUGAGGACAUAUCGCUGAGCAUACCGUCUUGCAACGGUUCUCGUCCAUGUUACCGUGAUAUGGAUUCAGUGAUGUCCUCAAAGAAUAAUGAUGACGAAGUAUAUACUCCUGAAUAUUUGGAGCCAAAAUUCUACAGUCAAACUUCCCACCCUGAAGCAGUGUCUCCACAACUUAACAAACAGCAAGAAGUGGCCACAACUAAAGAUGAAGCCUCCAAAGUACCAUCUUUUCAAUCUGAAGGAUUACCAACUACAUAUAUUUCUCAAUCAAUGGAGGACACACUAGAUACCUUUCAAGAUUUGAGCUUAGCUGAUUUUGUUCCACAGGCUCCAAUUCCCAAGACAAGCCCACCUCCUUCAAGUUCAGAACAACCAGAGACGACUGAAGAGAUCUCAAUUUCAACCCAAGCAGAAGAUUCUGAUUCUGAUUCAUAUGUUUCAGUUCCAGAACCACCCUCCUCUGAACUGGUCAUGGAAGAGAUCCUAACAACCCAAAAAACAGACUCGGACUCGGACAAAAUAGCCAUUGCAACUGAUGCAGUCUGCGAAGAGCUGAAAAUCGGUGACCCAGUAAAAAAUAAUGAAAAAGUUACUCAAGAAUUUAAGCAGGAAGCUAAAGUAAACACUGCGCAGAGUACUGAACAUGAGAUCACUGAAAAUCAGACUCUGGAAUCGGUCACAGAUGUCUCCCGUACAGUAAAAAAGAACACUAAUCCAUUCUCACAAGAUGGCUUAUCAGACGUAGAGGAAGGAAAGAGAGAGUCUGUCGUUUCUCGAGGCACACUGAUUGAUGAUGAUGACGAGGGGUCACUGGAGUCCAGUCUGGACUGGGGGAUAAGAUCAUCUGGUGAGACCACACCCACACGCAAGAGAACAAAUCCUUUCUUUGAUUCCGAUGAAGAAGAGAUGAAUCUUCGGACUCGAUUUGUAACUAACCCCUUUGCAGAAGAUAACGCUUACAUACCCUCACAAGUUCCACAGAUACAAAAUAGACCUGUCUCGUUUAGUAUACCCCCGCCUCCCUCACGGUUGCCUAGUAACCCGUUCGCGGAUGAUGAUGAUAUCACUCCUAUGAAUGAGAGUAGUCAUGGAAACAAGCUUCAUCUCCAACUUCAGUCUAGUGUCGACUCGGUGGACACACCUACUAUUGAUCAAUACCUACCACCGCUAAAUCGACCAAUACAAUACUUGCGUGACUCGACAUCAAACGAGACUACACCUAGUAUAAGCCCAGUGAGCUUUAUCAAGGAGCAGAGCCCAGAUACAGUGUCUACAGCGAGCAGUCAAGACUUGUUGCUGGCCCUGGAUGAAGUGUGGGAGCCGGGCACCUCGAGCCAUCUCAGCCCAAUGGAGGACCACUUUGGAGCUGAGUUGAGUCAGUCUGAGCUGCACGCUAAGAUCAGUCGUCUCAAGGCCCAGCUGAAGGACGGGGGAGGGGAUGGAGACAAGGCGGAGUUUCGCAGGAGAGUGGUGGCGCUACAACUCAGACUGCAGCAGAUGCGAGAGGAUGAAGAGGAGGGAGCAGGUGACUCGACCUCUCAGGAGGUGUUUGGUCAUCGUCUGAUGAGGCAGCCUCGACAGACCAAGAUGAGUGGAACUCCACCCACUUGUGAGGGUUGUCGGAAACAAGUCCGAGGCAUUAUCCGAUUGUGGUACCUCUGCAAGACUUGUGGAUGUGCCUGUCACAAGAAAUGCAUAUCCAAGAUUGCACGUCGCUGCAACCAGCUCAACAGAAUCACGGAAGAUGCUACGUACACACUGGCCGUGUGCCCGGAGAGAGGGCUGACUCGGCAGAAGUUCCGCUGUGGCAGCUGCACCCAGUCCUUCAACAGUCCGAGCUCUGGAGGGGCGCGGCUCUGUGACUACUCAGGACUCUAUCACUGUAAGCAGUGUCACCAUAAUGACGAGGCUCUCAUACCAGCAAGGGUCCUGCACAACUGGGACUUCAAACCCAGGAAGGUUUGCUGUCAUUGCUUUGAUCUGCUGACUCAGCUAUCCACUAAGGUCACAGUCCAAGUGAAUCAAGUGAACGCUCACCUUUACACCCACGUCGCCGACCUCAGCAAUGUGGAGGACUUACGAAAGGACCUCCUGGUGAUGAGGAACUACUUCAUGCAAUGCAGACUGGCCAGGGAGGCCCAACUCCUACAACAACUCAACCAGCUUCUCCACUUUAAGGACAACGCUCUAUGCUACUCUAUAGUCGACUUAGCGGCAGUACAGGACGGGAGCCUGUUGCCACGGUUACAAGAUGCUCACAGGGAGUACUACAAUCACAUCAAAGAAGAGUGCCCUCUGUGCUCUGGCAAGGGGUAUCUGUGUGAGCUGUGUAAAUCAGAGGAGGUGCUCUUCCCUUUUGACAAGCACACCAGUCAGUGUACCAGCUGCAAGUAUGUGUUCCACAGGUCAUGCUUCACUGAGACAAGCAGCUGUCUGAGAUGCACACGACUCAAAGAGAGACCUAGAUGAACGGACACUCCACUCUUUUCUAGCUCCGUGUGUCGGUGUGUGUGUGCUCUCAAUUUUUUGUUGGUUUGAUGUACUAUUUAUUAUAGCUGAGGUGCACUCAGUUUAUAUUAUUCUAUCUGUUAGGUAAACUAUAUUCAGGAAUGUUGUGCCAGAGUUCCAGACCUUAGCAAACAACAAUUGGUUUUUUUUCACUAUAGAAAAUGUUGCUGUUAUAUAAA